ACAAUUUUCCUUCAUUUUUUCCUUCCAUUAAGCCGAAAAUGGGAAACGAAUCCUCGGUACCGAUUCACUAUGGAACAAAGCUACUAAAUGAUAUAAAUAUCGCGUGGAAAAAGCUAGAAAUGGACGCCAAAUUGCCAUCUCGAGAUGGACAUUGUGCCGCCGCCAUGGCGAACAAACUAUACGUGUUUGGCGGAGUUCGUUGGCUUUCUGAUAUCGGCGAAGCAGCAGAAUCCAACGAGAUUCUUGUUUUCGACGCUGAUUCUCACACGUUGAACAAGAUUGUAAUUGGAGGUCAAGUACCAUCAUCAAGAUCUUCUGCUUCUAUGGCUGGAGUUGGAAGUAAACUGUAUGUUUUUGGAGGACUAAGCAGAGACUAUGGAUGGCUUAAUGAUCUUUAUGCCUUUGACACUGAAACAAAGCAAUGGCAAAAUGUUGCAUAUGAAGGUACUCCUCCAUCUCCACGUGACAAGCUUACAUGUGUUGCUAUGGGAACCAAGAUUCUCUUCUUUGGUGGCUUUGGUCCUGUGGAAGAUACUGAGGCAGACACUUCUGAGCCAGAUCAAGCACAGUUUGGAUGGUUUAAUGAUCUCUUCAGUUUUGACACAGAGAACUGCACGUGGGAAAAACUGACUCCUUCAUUUACUGGAUGUCCAACACCUAGAGCAGCUCAUGGAAUGUGUGUUGUUGGAUCAAAACUUGUUAUCUUUGGAGGCAGAGACAGUGUUGGCAGGAAAAAUGACCUAUACAUUUUGGAUAUGGGUGAGUUUUUGUUUAUUUUGUGUUGAUUAAUAUCACUGUAAGUGAAGCCAUUUACAUUUUAAUGUCCAGUAGAACCAAUAGACAUGGAUAGUAUGUGGGUAGCAGGCAUGGCGUAGUGGUGAGAACCCUUGGUUCCCACCAAUGCGGCCUGGGUGCAAUUCCAGCCUGGUGCCAUAAUU